CUCACAAACCCUGAAAUUUCUCCAGCGGAACAGCCCCCACCGGCCAAUGGGAUUAAAGAGGAGGCGGCUUCAUGGGAAGAAGGAAACCUUUCUGAUUUUAGAAUUAUUACUCAGGAGUCAAUGCAGCAAACUAGUACAUCAGGUCCGUUCAUAGGAUCCAGUCUAAAUACCGCCUUGUUAGACAGUGAUGUGUCAAAUGAGAUUAAAGCAGAAGCAGCUUCAUGGGAAGGGGGAGACCAACCAGAUUGCAGCAUUAAUCCAUUUACGGAGCAGAUCCAGGGAACAGAUACUCCUGCUCUCAAAAUGGAGAUGAAUAACUUUUCCGAGUGCUAUAGUACUGAGCCCCAUCUUUUCAAGGAUCAGAAAUCUCAUUCAGGCCUUAGAGACCAUAAAAAAUAUCAUGCGGGCAAGGAACCAUUUUCCUGCUCUGAAUGUGGGAGAUCUUUCACCCGUCGCUCAGGCCUUAAUGCGCAUCUCAGAGUUCACAUGGGAGAGAAACCAUUUUCCUGCUCUGAAUGUGGGAAAUCUUUCACCCGUCGCUCAAGCCUUAAUGCGCAUUUCAGAGUUCACACAGGAGAGAAACUAUUCACUUGUACAGAAUGUGGGAAAUCUUUCCCCCGUCUGGCACGGUAUAACAGACAUCUCAGAACUCACACAGGGGAGAAACCAUUCCCUUGUACGGAAUGUGGAAAAUCUUUCACCUGUAGAAGACAGCUCAACACGCAUCUCAGAUGUCACACAGGAGAGAAACUAUUCACAUGCACUGAAUGUGGCAAAUCUUUCAGUCACAUCUCAGAGCUUAACGUACAUCUCAGAGUUCACACAGGAGAAAAACUAUUCACAUGUACUGAAUGUGGCAAAUCUUUCAUUCACUUCUCAGAGCUUCACCGACAUAACAAAGUUCACACAGGGGAGAAACCAUUCGCUUGUACUGAAUGCGGUAAACGUUUUACUCGUCGUUACCAGCUUACUGAACAUUCCUAUUCGCACACAGGGAAGAAACCAUUCACUUGUACUGAAUGCGGUAAAAGCUUUACUCGUAAUUACCAGCUUACUGCCCAUUACCUGUUACACAUAGGAGAGAAACCAUUUGCUUGUGCUGAAUGUGGGAAAACUUUUUCUCGUCGUGACCAGCUUAAUGCACAUUCCCACUUGCACACAGGCGAGAAACCAUAUUUUUGUUCCGAAUGUGGGAAAAGCUUUGCAUAUCAAGGAGACCUUUCCUCACAUCUCAGGACUCACACAGGAGAGAAACCAUAUUCUUGUUCUGAAUGUGGGAAACGUUUCACUCGUUGUUCAGAACGUAAUGCACAUAUCAGACGUCAUACGGGAGAGAAACCUUACACUUGUGCUGAAUGUGGGAAAUCUUUUGGUAAUCGUACAGGCCUUAAAUACCAUGAAAUAAUUCAUACAGGAGAGAAACCAUUUUCCUGUUCCGAAUGUGGCAAAGGUUUCAGCCGUCGACAAGACUUAACCAUACAUUUCAGAAUUCACACAGAGGAGAAACCAUUCACCUGUACCGAAUGUGGGAAAUGUUUCACCAGUUCCUCACAGCUUGGCGAACAUCGCAAAGGUCACAUAGAAGGGAAAUCGUUCACUUGUACUGAAUGUGGGAAAAUUUUUACCCGUAUCUCACAGCUUAACAUACAUCUCAGACGUCACACAGGAGAGAAACCAUUCACUUGUACUGAAUGUGGGAAAUGUUUCACCAGUUCCUCACAGCUUUACGAACAUCGCAGAAGUCACAUAGGAGGGAAAUCGUUUACUUGCACUGAAUGUGGGAAAAUUUUUACCCGUAUCUCACAGCUUAACAUACAUCUCAGACGUCACACAGGAGAGAAACCAUUCACUUGUACUGAAUGUGGGAAAUCUUUCACCUGUAUCGCACAGCUUAAAUUACAUCUUAGACGCCACACAGGAGAGAAACCCUACAUUUGCACUGAAUGUGGGAAAUGUUUCUGUAAUCGCGCAGGCCUUAAUCAACACAAAAUAGUUCAUUCGGGAGAGAAACCAUUCACAUGUACUGAAUGCGGUAGAUGUUUUAGUCGUCGUUGCAAGCUUAAGGUACAUUCCCGCUUACACACAGGGGAGAAACCAUUUGUUUGUGCUGAAUGUGGGAAAUGUUUUGCACGUCAGGACCAUCUCCGUGCACAUUCCCGCUUACACACAGGGGAGAAACCAAUUUCUGAUAACUGUACAUUUACAGAGUGAGUAACGUACUAUUAUGAUGCUGCUAAAUUAUAAUUCCAUUUGGAUAAUGAAUGAUUCCUCCCUCCAUAAAAUGUUAAUGCUUUUUGGCUUGUGAUUUUUUUGGUGAGUUUUACACUCUAGAAGGGAAAGUGAUGAUUCUGAGGAAGGGAAACUAAACAUCUUGAACAAAUGUAACAUUGCUCAGAAUUCUGAGAACUAUUUGAAUUCCAUGCAGCUUUCAUCAUCAGGGAUGUUCCAGAAACCUGGAUAAGGGAAUCAUCAUUUAAAAUAUUUGAUAUGUAAACUUGUGUGUGAGUCUGUAGCUUCCUAUACAACUGGGUUCCCAGUGAGCCUACAUUACCCAUAUACCAUGUGUAAUACAUGAUGGAUAUGAACACACAGGUUAUUCCUUAA